AUGACUAUAUUUGAAAAACAGCAGAACUGGCACAAUCAAAAAGAAUAUUUAAAUAUGUCUAAUACAUUAGAAUAUCUUAAUACUACAGCCAAAGAUAUAUCUUACCUACAAACUCUUAUGGAUACUAUUAGUAAAGGAAUAAUCGAUAAAAUUAUACUUCUCUUACCUAAAAAGAAAAAAAAUACAUCUUCUAAUACUGAUAAUAUAGAUAAAAUUACUAACAGCUAUCAUCUUGGUAGUAUGCAUGAGCAAGAGCUAGAAAAAAAAUUAUAUACUGCUCUCAAAUCCAAGACUAAAGUCAAUAACCUUAGCAAGAAAUUACAGAAUAUAUCGAGAUCUAUAGGCUCUUUAAGCCAGGGCCCAAAGGGCCUCUAA